AAAGCAUUCUUUAAGAAAACAAUUGAGCGCCGUGGUUUGGGUCCGUGUUUGAUUUGGCAGCACUCCGUGUAUAAUGUAAUUGGAAACAGCAAGCGCUUGAGCCGUUGUUUUGUCAGUUGUGUGUAUGUGUGGAGAUAUAUAUAUAUAUAUAUAUAUAUAUAUAUUAGUUUUUAGACCACAAGCAAAAAAAGUCUCUUUUAAGAAAAAGAAAAAUGCAACAAUGUCAAAGGUGUUCAGUUAACGGUCGACUGCAGUCAGUGUUAAACUUGUGACACGAUACCCGGGUCCCUGUGAGUCCUUCACAAUAAAAGUCAACCAUGUGUUUCACGCAGCAGUAAAGCCGCCCUCCACUUUGGAAAACACGGUCAACCGAGUGCGAGCACAACGCACAACUGAUGUCAAAAUAAAAGCUACUCUCCAGUGAUAGGCAAUUAAACGCUCAUUCAACAAGUCAGUCAGUCCGUCAAUACUAUUUAUACAUUAUUGACACACAAUAACAAAAUCAAAGCCAUGUCAAAUGUAGCUCAUGAGAUAUUAGAACGUUCAAGUUACCCGACUUAAUGUGAAGCAGCAGCAGCAGCAGUAGGAAAUGUUCAAUUUGUAUUAGUAGAAACGUAAUACUUUGCUGAUGCAGUGAGGCCGGUUGGAUGAAACGACCUGCUGCAUCAUUUCCGGUGUACAAGUAGGCCAACGUUUCCAUUACAUUUUUAAAUUAUGUUACAUGUCAUUUAGCUGACGCUUUUAUCCAAAGCGACUUACAAUAAGUGUAUUCAAACCCUAAGGAUACAAACCCAAAGAACAAGAAACCAUGAAAACUGUUAUAUUAUUACGGAAUGUAAAUACAUUAAGAAUUAUGGUAGAAAACAUAUUUUGACCAUGAUAGAUUAGUUUAUGUUUAGAUUGAUUUAAUAUUCUAUUUUGGAAAAGGUGGCGUGCGCUGUUGAUGUCAGCUCGUCGGCCUUUGGACUGAAAAAAAGAGCGUUUUUCCUCUCACGGCUUCGGAACUGUUCCCAGUUGCGUGUUCACCCUCAUGCUUGUGUUCCUAUGAAUAUAUUUACGGAAAAUCUCAUCCCACGUAUUGAUGCUACAACAAAGGUGACGGGGGUUUCACACAGCCGGAUGCUUAUAGCGCAUUCCGCUUGGCUCCACCGUUGGAAGGACGAUCGCAUCAUUAAGUCUAGUAAGAGCUGCCGUCGCCGUGGAAACGCUCAAUGAAUGAUCGUACCGCUAAAGGAAGUGGCGUCGUCUUUAGUAAAGUAUCGGAGCCUCAAAGAGGCCUCAAAGGUUUUUUUGCAGUUUGUUUGUCGGCGCGGCUCCUCCGAGCCACCGGAGGAGAGAUGGAACUACGGCCCAUUUUUCCCAGCAGGACUCUGUCAGAGAAAAAAUGGUAAAGUAGAGAAAGGAGCUGAGACACCAUUCCAUUAUUACACAUGGGUCAUAAAAACAGGACCAUUGCCAUCAAGGACACCAUUAUAAAGGAGGGCAUUUAUUCAUCAUCAUCAUCAUCAUCAUCAUCUGCUGCUGCCUCUGCUCCCACUACCCCACUGCCAUUAUCAUUUCCCCCUCAUCAUCAUCAUCAUCAUCAUCAUCAUCAUCAUCUACAUCUACCCUCAUCAUCAUCAUCUACCAUCAUCAUCAUCAUCAUCUAGCCUCAUCAUCAUUAUCAUCAGCCGCUGCAGCUUCACCAUUACAGUCAUCAUCAUUACCAUCAGGCUCGGUAAUCAUCCACGAGGGGGUUUCCACGGGGCAGAUAAAAGGCCAGUGUCGAGUCUCGCCCUCCUCACUUUCUGCCUCGGCGUCUGUGGAGGAGGACGGCUUCUCUUCUGGCUCCUCGUUCGCUUUCAGGAGAAGACGGCCAAAGCUUUUUGUACGAUCCUCUGGGAAAAGGGUCUUUUUCUUUUUUGCUUUUAAUCUCCAGUGAGUAACAGAUUUCCCUGAAAUUCCCUUUUUGUUUUGCUGCGGAGAGAUGAAGAGUCUGUGGUGAAGACGUCUUGCUCGGUGGUGGAAGCGGAGGAGCGUUAUCUGGAAGGGAUCGUUCUUUGGCUGCUUUCUCUAAUCCGGCUGGGAGUCGUUCAGUGAGAUGCGUUAAAAGCUCGAGUCGGAAGUAGCUGCUGAGAUCGGGUUCUCCGUGUAUCCCCUGGGUGAUGAGCAGAGCCCCGCCUACAGCCAGCUCAGCAUGGAGAGUGAAACGGACAACUCGCACGGCACAACCGACAACGGGAGGGAGGACGAGGGCGGCUCCGCUCAGUCCGAGCCCGCGUUCCCCCCCUACCUGUCCUGCCGGGGCUGCGGACAGCUCCGCGACGAACCCCUGGGGCCGGGCAUAGACCUGGUGGGCCCGUACUGCCUGCGGUGCUGCAAAGCCUCCCGGGAAGCCAAAAGUCCCGACUUCUGUUCGCCUUUCGGAGGCGUGGGCGGGAUGCGCUCGGGCUCCCACCUGCAGCUGGACGGUGAAGCGCUGGGCGACGGGCUGGGCGACAAGGCGCUGACGGUCGAGGACAAGCUGGCCAAACUGCACACGUGCCACCUGUGCGGCUUCUCGUCGCGCUACGCCAACCACGUGAAGCGCCACAUGAAGACGCACAACGGCGAGAAGCCCUUCAACUGCCCGCUGUGCGCGUACGCCUCGGCCCAGCUGGUGAACCUGCAGAGACACCUGCGCAUUCACACCGGGGAAAAACCCUACAAGUGUGACAUCUGCGCCUUUGCCUGCAGUUCCCUCGGCAACCUCAAAAGGCACCAGCGCAUGCACGUGCCCUCCGCGGGGCUGCGGCAGGACGUCCCGCCGCGACCCGCCGGGGGCCAGAACGGCCUGAAGAGGCACGUGACUGGGCAGAGAGCCGGUGAAGUGUCGUGUGCUUCCGCCAAGGAAGGUGCACGGCCCAAUUCCAAUCUGAGUUUGGGAGCCCAGAACAAUGACUACCUAUCAGCCUUUGAUGGCUUAAAGGGGGCGUCGUCGUCACCACCACCACCGAUACCAGCCUCCAACCCUGCUCCUGUGCACCAGCCUCCGCCCAUGCUGAACACCACAGACAGUGGCGGCGGCGGCGGCAGAGCGACGAGAGGGGGAGCCGCCGCCGCUCUCCCCCCUUCGCUCUUCCCCUUCACCUGCCGUCUGUGUGGCGUUGUCCUGGAGGACGAGGACGGCUCCUCGGCGCAGAUUUGCGCCAAGUGCACCCUUGAAAUGCUGACUAAGGACUCGUCGUCGUCUCCCAACAGCCCCGGCGAGCGCAGCGACAAGGUGUACACCUGCGCCGCCUGCCCCUUCCUCACACACUACCCCAACCACCUGGCGCGCCACAUGAAAACGCACAGCGGCGAGAAGCCGUACAAGUGCCCGCAGUGCGACUACGCCUCGGCGCACUUCGACAACCUCAAGCGGCACCACAGGGUGCACACGGGCGAGAAGCCCUACAAGUGCCACCUGUGCGACUACGCCUGCGGGAACCUCGCCAACCUGAAGCGCCACCAGCGGGUGCACUCGGGCGCCAAGCCCUUCCAGUGCGCCGUGUGCAGUUACAGCUGCAACCAGAGCAUGAACCUGAAGCGCCACAUGCUGCGGCACACCGGGGAGAAGCCGUACAAGUGCCAGGAGUGCGGCUACACGACCGGCCACUGGGACAAUUACAAGAGGCACCAGAAGAAGCACGGCCUGGCCACGGACGGGUGGGUGAAGGUCCCGAUGACCGGCGGCGGAGGAGGCGGCGGCGGCGGCGACGAGGACGACGACGAGGAUGACGAGGAGGGAGGGAGGAAGGGCCUGGGGGUCGGCGCUGCGGCUCACAGAAAAGAGCCGGGCGUCGACAUGCAGUACAUGUCCAGGGACGGGGGUCAGACGCUACACUCGUGCUACAAACUUGAGAUUGUAUGAAAUAUAAAACUCAGCAAAACUAAGCUACCAGCAACUUCUGUUCUUUUCCCUCACAGAGCCUUUACGAUGUUUCGUGUGUGUGUGUCAGACUUUCAGUGUUGUCAGGUGUCUUCAGAGGCUGCUAAUUGUUUGUUUGUAGAAUCUCGCACAAUUUUGUUGAGGUAUAUUUUCGAUCAAGUGGAGGAGUGGAUUUUUGUUUUUGUUUUUCUGCUCUGCUUUUGUGUCGGGACAAAAAAAAAGAACCGCUCUCAUGUUAGAACACAUAUCCGGUUCUUCCCGCGAGGACGGAACGUUACCAAACACAUCUCUGCCUGAACUGGUGCGCUGUGUAGUUUAUCUGUGUAAUAAAGGGGAAUAUGCGUUAUUAUUUUUGUAAAUCAAUGCCAUCCGUCUCAAAAGUUUAGCUUAAAUCGUUUAGUUUUGUGCCAAAGAGCUAAUGAAAUAGCCUGGAUGUGACCGAUGAUCACACUUAACCUCACGUGAGAUGCCUGCUGGUUCCGUGAGGUUACUUUGACUCGUCCGGGUUCUUGUGAGGACCCGUGUUCUGCUGCGUUUGGCACACGCUCUGGUGAUGGCAUGCCUUCAGAUUAGUCUGCUACUGUAUGAACUACUAGCAAAGUGCUAUUUAAUGAUACUGGAAUGGUGUUACGCUUCCUCGUCUAUGUUGGUUCAUGAGGUUGUGCCAACCUAAGUGACAUCUCAUCUCUCAACCUGCAUUGUCAUUUCUGUCUGAUCAGGAUAAUAUCUGUGAUUUGGAAGACUGCAAAAAAGAAACUUCUUUUAAAAAAUUGCAUGCACGAGCAUUUUGAAAAGCCCUCUCCAGUUUUUACUUGGUGGUUAAAGUGAAAGCACAAAAACACACACAGUGGCAUUUAAAGUUGUGCAUUGGGGGUCGCUGCUUCUUAUGCGAUUCGGGAGUAACACAUUGUAAUCGAGCAUGUUGUUCAAAGGAUUCUUCUCAAACUUGUACUUUCUACAAAUCAUUCAGUCAAACUUCAUUGUGGGUCUUUAUGUUCACGUUCCUUCAGAUACAUUUGUUUACUGUGAAUUUGGCCCAUUCUCGUGUUUUUUAUUUUACUUGAAAGCAUCACGUUAGUAAGCAUGUGAGUGUGUAAUUGUUUUAUUUUUGUGUGUGGCUGUAAUACACUGCUAGAAGUGCAUACUUUAAGAACAUUUUUUUUUUUAAUCGAAUUUGAAUGUUUGGUGUCAUUUGGUUCCCAUGGGAAAACAUUAGGGGCUGUGAUUUAAGUUUAUACUCUUUGAAUUAUGAUUAUAUGCAAGUGAGAUUUUUCAGGUUGCCAACUUGCCGCAACACAAUGGAGAAUUGAGCAGUACUGACAACCCAAGUGUCCGUUUUGUCUUUAUGCAGUGUCUCAUUAAUGCCUUAAGUGAAGCUUUUGAAAUAAACUCAUGGAAUUCAUUUCAUUGAAUGUCAGACAACAGACUGGAUCUCCAAGCAGCUUAUUGACGGAUCUGAACAAAUCGAUUUGUUCAUGACGCACCGGACAAUAAUAAAGACAUUGCUGGAGAGUUCGCCAUUUGAGUAAUCUAGAAACUUAUCAGAAAGCAUCAAUGUUUGUCAGAAUUUCUGUAUUGUAUUAAAGUGAAAAUUUGCU